GCCUCCGAUCCCCGGAAACAAUUCCAACAUUGUUUGCAUUGUACUACAUAAAACUCCUAUAUUGAGAGGAGCUGGUAGAGUGGCAGAGUGGCAUUCCCUCGUUUUCACUUUAUAAUCUCGUCUCUCAUUUUGUCUAUAAAGUGUGAACUCUGUGAUCCACCAAUCAAGAUACCCUCAUUUUCAACCCCCGAAUAAUAGAAGAGAAGUCAUCUCACUUCAAAGUGUUUUUCUUUUCUUUUCUUGCCAUAGAUCAAAGUAGACAAAACAAAUAGGAGCCGAGAAACAAACAUCGAAGAGCAAGAGAAAAAAAUGGCCGCAACUCUGGACAUCAUUGAUCACUCUCCUCAUCAUCCCGACCCGUCACCUCCCAUCCCAACCGCCUCGAAUCUCAUCCUCAUAGACAACUAUGAUUCCUUCACCUGGAAUGUAUACCAAUACCUCGUCUUAGAGGGCGCCAAAGUCACCGUCUACCGAAACGACCAGAUCACUCUCGACGAGCUGAUAGCCAAGAAACCAACCCAACUUGUCGUCAGCCCCGGGCCAGGUCACCCCAGCUCCGACUCUGGAGUAAGUCGAGAUGCUAUUAGGCACUUUGCCGGAAAGAUCCCUAUAUUUGGCGUUUGCAUGGGCCAGCAAUGCAUAUUCGAAGUCUAUGGUGGCGAGGUACAGUCCGCGGGAGAAAUUCUUCACGGCAAGACCUCGCCAUUGGCCCACGAUUCCAAGGGAGUCUAUGCCGGAAUGGCACAAGGCCUCCCUGUUACGAGAUAUCACUCGCUUGCCGGCACCCAUGUUACUCUACCCGAAUGUCUCGAGGUUACUUCUUGGAUACCGAAGGACGAUGGCUCAAAGGGUGUCAUAAUGGGUGUACGCCAUAAAGAGUAUACUGUAGAAGGCGUUCAAUUCCACCCGGAGAGUAUCUUGUCUGCAGAUGGUCGUACUAUGAUUAAGAACUUUUUGCAUACCCAGGGGGGAACUUGGGCUGAAAACGAGCGACUGCAAAAAGAGUCGCAGGUUAACGCUGUCGCAAACAACAUCACAACAACUUACCCAAAGAAGAAUAACAUAUUACAGCAAAUAUACGCCCGCCGAAAGGAGGCCGUGGCAGCUCAAAAGGAAAUCCCUUCACAGCGCCCAAGCGACCUCGAGGCUGCCUACGAACUCAACGCCGCCCCUCCUCAAAUAUCCUUUGUCGAUCGCCUACGCCAAACACCGUUCGAUGUCUCCCUAAUGGCCGAGAUUAAGCGAGGCUCUCCCUCGAAAGGCAUAUUUGCCCUGAACAUUGACGCGCCGUCGCAAGCAAAAAAGUACGCUCUCGCGGGAGCUAGCGUCAUUUCUGUGCUCACCGAGCCGGAUUGGUUCAAGGGUAGCAUCGAAGACCUCCGUGCCGUGCGACAAGUGUUAGAUAGCAUGCCCAACCGGCCUGCGGUACUUCGAAAAGAAUUCAUAUUUGACGAGUACCAAAUUCUCGAGGCACGACUUGCUGGUGCUGAUACAGUUCUCCUGAUUGUCAAGAUGCUUGACGUGGAACUGCUUACGCGCCUUUAUAAGUACUCUGUGUCCUUGGGAAUGGAGCCUUUAGUCGAGGUCCAGAAUGCAGAGGAGAUGAAGACGGCAGUUGAACUAGGCGCUAAAGUCAUUGGCGUCAACAAUCGCAACUUAGAGUCCUUUGAGGUUGACCUAAGUACUACCAGCAGACUCCGCAGUCUUGUACCAAAGGAGACCAUUAUCUGCGCUCUCAGUGGUAUCAAUACUCAUGACGACGUAGUCGCCAACCACAAAGAUGGUGUCAACGCCAUUUUAGUUGGCGAGGCCAUUAUGCGUGCACCCGACGCAUCGGAGUUUAUCCAGCAGCUCUGUGCAGGUCAAGUAGCCGUCAAGCAAGAACCCAAACCUGAUCCUCUCCUUGUCAAGAUCUGUGGCACACGGACUCCCGAAGGCGCACUAGCUGCCGCCGAGGCCGGCGCGGACUUGAUCGGCAUGAUACUCGUACCGGGAAGGAAGCGCACUGUAAGUGACGACGCCGCAAAAGCUAUUUCUAAAGCCGUCCACGACUUCUCUCGACCUAAUUCACAUGCCCCGUCCGCCCUAAGCGACGUAGCCAGCGACUUCUUCACCUCGGCAACCAGCAAACUUACUCUCCCAAACCGCCCCUUACUCGUCGGCGUAUUCCAAAACCAACCCUUGGCCGAAAUCAUUAACUUGCAAAGGCGAUAUGCUCUCGACGCUGUGCAGCUUCAUGGACGGGAGCCUAUCGAGUGGGCAAGCGCAAUUCCCGUCCCCGUGUUAAGACGCUUCUCGCCGGGUGAGGCGGGUCUCGGCGCCCGUGGAUACCACGCUGCUCCGUUGUUUGAUUCGGGAUCCGGGUCAGGUCUAUUACUGGACGGCGUCGGCGUAAAGACGGCGCUAGCGAAGGACAAAGAGUUGCGAAUCAUAUUGGCGGGAGGUUUGGCGCCGGAGAAUGUAGCAGAUGUAGUCUCUGCCGUCGGCGAGGACAGUAGUCGGAUCAUGGGUGUUGACGUUAGCAGCGGUGUCGAAGGACCAAAUGGCCAGCAGAGUUUAGAUCGGAUACGAGAUUUCGUGACGAGAGCAAAGGCUAUUAGAUAGAUGUAAAUGACAAACAAGAAGCAAACUCGAAUGGGGGGGGAGGUUAAGUGGAAUGUUGGCUAUAGAGAGAAAUACAUAUCACGGCAGUGCGGUCGGAAAGGGACUCGGGUCAAGUUAGGUUAGGGACAAAUAAAAGCACUGCGAUUUUCAUCUCAA